AUGGAUCCAAAGGACGCACACAACUGCCUGCACUAUACCUCUCCGGCGACUGGCUGGUCAGAAGCAUUGCCGCUCGGCAAUGGUCGCUUGGGGUGUAUGGUUUACGGCCGAACCACGACAGAACUUCUCCAGCUGAACGAGGACUCAGUGUGGUACGGAGGGCCUCAAGAACGGACACCACGCUGUGCCAAGAGCUUGCCAAAACUUCGUCAACUCAUCCGGGAGGACCGGCACAGGGAGGCCGAACAACUCGUUCAAGAUGAGUUUUUCUCAAGUCCAGCGUCCAUGAGACACUAUGAGCCGCUGGGCUCUGCGUACCUGGAGUUCGACGUUGAUAAGAAAGAUGCCGUAACCGAUUAUCAACGAUGGCUGAACAUUCAGAAAGCAAUCUGUACGGUUGCAUACGAAGUAAACGGUGUCCGAGUUAGGCGGGACGUUGUUGCUAGCUAUCCGGACAACGUCCUCGUUAUGCGCAUCACAUCAUCAAAGCCCAUUUCGUUCUCCGUAAAGCUGAAUCGCAGGAGCGAGAACGAGUGGGACACUAACGAGUUCCUGGACAGCGUCUGCGCCAAGAGCGACGAUGCGCUCGGGUCAGCGAGUAUCACCAUGCUUGCCACGCCAGGCGGAUACGGUAGCAACCGGCUUUCCUGUGUUAUUGGAGUGAAAUGCUUUCCUGGUUCAGGUACAGUCGAGGCGGCCGGAACUUGCGUAAAGGCUAACACUACGGGUUGCCUCAUUGCCAUCGGGGCUCACACUACAUAUCGUCAUGCAGACCCGGCAUUCGCAGCUUCAUCUGACGUUUCAGCUGCUAUGCGGCGGACAUGGGACGAACUGACCUCUAGGCACAUUGCAGACUACCAGCGAUUAUUCAACCGCACCAGCGUGCGACUUUGGCCAGACCCCACAGACAUCCCUACAGGUGUCAGGGUAGUUGAGAGGACAUCGGAAGACGCUGGGCUCGUUGCUUUAUAUCAUAACUACGGCAGAUACCUUCUCAUCGCGUCCAGCCGUGAUGGUAGCAAAGCAAUACCCGCAAAUUUGCAAGGGAUAUGGAACCCAAGUUUCUCGCCGCCUUGGGGGAGUAAGUUCACCAUCAACAUCAACACGCAGAUGAACUACUGGCCAGCAGCACCGACCAAUUUACUCGAGUGCGCAAAGCCGCUGGUGGAUCUGCUCGAACGGAUGGCCGAGCGAGGCAGGCGGACAGCGCAGUACAUGUACGGAUGUUCAGGGUGGUGUGCCCACCACAAUACGGAUAUCUGGGCAGACACCGACCCCCAAGAUACGUGGAUGCCUGCUACACUGUGGCCCCUCGGCGGCGUCUGGCUGUGUAUCGAUGUAGUUAAGAUGCUGCAUUAUCGCUACGACAAGGCUUUGCACGAGCGGGUCUUUCCCAUCCUAGAGGGUUGUAUUGAGUUUCUACAGGACUUUCUGAUACCAUCGGCCGACAACAAAUAUCUGGUAGCAAGCCCAUCCUUAUCUCCGGAAAACACCUUUGUAGCUGAGACAGGAGAGCUCGGUAUAUUCUGCGAAGGGUCGGUAAUGGAUAUGACCAUCAUCAAGUCAGCGCUUGAGCUGUACGUUUGGAGCCAUCGCAUGCUUGGGUGCCGCGGGUCACUCGAGAAGCAAGCGCAAGAUAUGAUGGCGAGGAUGCCACCUCUUCAGAUCAACAAGGAGGGCUUGAUCCAGGAAUGGGGCAUGAAGGACUACAAGGAGCACGAGCCUGGACAUCGACAUAUCUCUCACCUCUUCGGACUAUACCCGGGCACCAUGAUCAACCCAACCGAGUCGCCCCAGCUGGCAGAAGCUGCGAGAAGGGUCCUGGAGCGGCGUGCAGCACACGGAGGGGGCCAUACGGGAUGGAGUCGGGCAUGGCUGCUCAACAUGCAUGCGCGGCUGGGUGAUGCUGAGGGCUGCGGGCGCCACAUGGAAUUGCUGUUGAGCAGCUCAACCUUGCCGAACCUCUUGGACAAUCACCCGCCGUUCCAGAUCGAUGGCAAUUUCGGUGCCUGCGUUGGCGUGCUGGAAUGUCUGGUGCAGUCCUCCGAGGCUGGGGAGAUCUCGCUCCAUGGGGUUCACGGCAUCACGAUAAGGCUCCUACCAGCAUGCCCGAAAGAGUGGUCUAGAGGAGAGUUGUCCGGCGUGUGCGUCCGCGGUGGUUGGGUCGUCUCAUUUCGAUGGGAUCAAGGACGCGUCCUCGACCCUGUGCAUGUUCAUGCCACGCAAGACGACCAUAUCCAAGCGCAGCUGGUCUAUCCAGACGGUGAGCUGGUGCAGGUCGAGGGCUUCGGCGAGCACGAGCUCCGGCGCACAGGUGGAUUAGUGUAA